AUGUUGGUCGAAAUGCAGGUCUGCCCGAGCUUCCCAAUUCCCCUUGCCCCUCCCCGGGUGCGCAAAGGUACAUGUAGCUCCGAGCGCAGGUCUCGGACGGAGAACGAGACCAAUAUUUCCUUCUUCUCAAUGUUCGACGGCGUCGAUGCGCAGCUGCACUAUGCCGCGCGUGCGUCUUCAGCGGGAGGAGGAGCGAGACCUGUACUUCGGACAGCUGUUCGAGCUCGAAUGCUUCGUGCGCGCGAGGAUCCUGUGUCUCGAAGAGGAGGGCCCCGACAGGUGGGUGCGUGCCGGGUUGUCUUUGCAGGUGAUGCUGAGACAUUACAACGUGGGAAGAGUCCCACGGGAGCCAGUGCAACAUCACAAGUCGUACUUGUGCUCGUACACUUGACACUUUUCAUGGGGCCGCACAAGAAGCCAUGCGGUGUUGCGAUACUGAAGCGGUUCCUUGGAUUCGUCGGGCAGCCUCCUCGAGAAAGUAUGUGCCACCGGUGGCGUAUCGAGGCCUUGGCUAGACGUGACUUUUCUUGA